CUGAGUUCAAGUGAUCCUCCUGCCUUGGCCUCCCAGAGUGCUAGGAUUACAGGCCUGAGCCACCGUAUCCAGCCAAAAGGAGGAUAUACCGGAAAGAUGCCGAGGUCUUUACAGAGACUGCUUCUUGCCAAACUCUGCGGACAGGAACUUGACAGGAACGGCGUUACUGUGACUUUGGCCGGGCUGUGGGUGGUGACAGUGUGUGUUCCACAUGGGCAGCGGCGUGGGGAAGAAUGAGGAGUUGCCUCUUUAUCACCAUCUCUUCGACAACUAUGACCCAGAAAGCAGGCCAGUGAGGGAGCCUGAGGAUACUGUCACUGUCAGCCUCAAGGUCACCCUGACGAACCUCAUCUCACUGAAUGAGAAAGAGGAGACUCUCACGACUAGCGUCUGGAUUGGAAUCGAUUGGCAAGAUUACCGACUCAACUACAGCAAGGAAGACUUUGGGGGCGUACAAACCCUGCGGGUCCCUCCAGAACUCGUAUGGCUACCGGAGAUUGUGCUGGAAAACAAUAUUGAUGGCCAGUUCGACGUGGCCUACUACACCAACGUGCUGGUCUAUGAGGGAGGCUUCGUGACCUGGUUACCCCCGGCCAUCUACCGCAGUACCUGCACCGUGGAGGUCACCUACUUCCCCUUCGACUGGCAGAACUGCUCGCUCAUUUUCCGCUCUCAGACGUACAAUGCCAAAGAGGUGGAGUUCACCUUUGCCGUGGACGACAACGGAGAGCCCGUCAACAAGAUCGAUAUCGACACUGCGGCCUUUACUGAGAACGGCGAGUGGGCCAUCGACUUCUGCCCCGGGGUGAUCCGCCACCACGACGGUAGCUCUGCAGACAGCCCUGGGGAAACCGACGUCAUCUACACGCUCAUCAUCCGCCGCAAGCCUCUCUUCUACAUCAUUAACAUCAUUGUGCCCUGCGUGCUCAUCUCGGGCCUGGUGCUGCUCGCCUACUUCCUGCCGGCGCAGGCCGGCGGCCAGAAAUGCACUGUCUCCAUCAACGUCCUGCUCGCCCAGACCGUCUUCUUGUUCCUAAUAGCCCAGAAAAUCCCAGAGACGUCUCUGAGCGUGCCGCUGCUGGGCAGGUACCUUAUUUUCGUCAUGGUGGUUGCCACGCUCAUUGUCAUGAAUUGCGUCAUCGUGCUCAACAUGUCUCUGCGGACGCCCACCACUCACACCAUGUCCUCGCGGCUGCGCCACGUUUUCCUGGAGCUGCUGCCGCGCCUCCUGGGCUCCGGGUCGCCCCCCGAGGGCCCCCGGGCCGCCUCGCCCCCAAGGCGGGCGUCAUCAGUGGGUUUAUUGCUCCGCGCGGAGGAGCUGAUACUGAAAAAGCCGCGGAGCGAGCUCGUGUUUGAGGGGCAGAGACACCGGCACGGGACCCGGACCGCUGCCCUCUGCCAGAGUCUGGGCGCCGCUGCCCCAGAGAUCCGCUGCUGUGUGGAUGCCGUGAACUUCGUGGCCGAGAGCAUGCGAGACCAGGAGGCCGCCGGCGAGGAGGUGUCCGACUGGGUGCGCAUGGGGAAGGCCCUGGACAACAUCUGCUUCUGGGCCGCUCUGGUGCUAUUCAGCGUGGGCUCCAGCCUCAUCUUCCUUGGGGGCUACUUCAACCAAGUGCCGGAUCUCCCCUACCCACCCUGUAUCCAGCCUGAGCCCGCACCAACUUCAAUUUCUCCACCCAAUUCCGGUAGGAAAUAGAUUCUGAAAAAAGCUGCUGCCACCACUGUAUUAUGGUCCUUUCCCACUGCUGAUAAAUCUGUAUGUUGUGAACUUCCCAAGAGCAAUGGUGUGUGCUCAUGUGCAUAGCUCUGGCCCUAGGCCAGGGGUCAACAGGAGAGGGCAGAGGAUGCAGGUGGGCUCUUGGGUAACAAUCCUCUGGAAAGCAAGGAUUGCCCUCCUCAGGCACAGCCCCAGCCCCAGGUGACUCUGGAGCCUGUGAGCGUCUAAGCUACUUUGUCCCUUUGAUAGCCAGAGAGGAUAGACCUCUGCAGGGCUUGCACAUAGGGAGGCUGGAGCCAGGAAGCCCUGUCGUUCUCAGGCCUGGCCCUGUUGGAGUGAGGGGCCCAAAUACCCUCCGUGCAGGUGGUCUUCAGGCCCAAAGGUUUGGGACUGAGGAUGCCCUGGCGCUCCCGCAGUCAUUUCUUCUAGGUUUUCUUGGCCCAGCACUGCCCACCCCACUCCACCCCCGCAAGACUCACUCAUUGCAGAUCCCACCCUACCUGCCCCUUUCAUCCUGACUCUGCAGGCUGUCUAGCAUCCAGGACUGUGAGAGAAAACAA